AUGUAUACUGUGAAAUGCUCUAAAUACUGGCCUGAUGACAGCGAGAUGUAUGGUGACAUCAAAAUCACCCUUCUUAAGACGGAGACACUGGCUGAAUACACAGUUCGCACCUUUGCCUUGGAGAGGAGAGGAUACUCAACCAAGCAUGAGGUGCGUCAGUUCCACUUCACAUCCUGGCCGGAGCACGGAGUGCCCUAUCAUGCCACCGGACUGUUGGCCUUUAUACGGAGAGUGAAAGCCUCUACGCCUCCUGACGCCGGCCCUGUGGUGGUCCACUGCAGCGUGGGGGCGGGCCGCACCGGCUGCUACAUCGUGCUGGACGUCAUGUUGGACAUGGCCGAGUGUGAAGGCGUGGUGGAUAUCUACAACUGUGUCAAAACCCUCUGCUCCAGACGCAUCAACAUGAUCCAGACAGAGGAGCAGUACAUCUUCAUCCAUGAUGCUAUUUUGGAAGCCUGUCUGUGCGGGGAGACGGCCAUUUUGGUAAAUGAGUUUGCGGUUACUUACAAAGAGAUGCUGCGAGUCGAUUCCCAGAGUAAUUCCUCUCAACUACGGGAGGAGUUUCAGACGCUCAACUCUGUGACUCCCCACCUGGAUGUGGAAGAGUGCAGCAUCGCUCUGUUGCCCAGAAACCGAGAGAAGAAUCGCAGCAUGGAUGUCCUGCCGCCUGAUCGCGCCCUGGCCUUCUUGGUUACGACUGAAGGGGAGAGCAACAAUUACAUCAACGCUGCUCUCGCUGACAGCUUCCAUCGGCAGGCUGCGUUCAUUGUGACCCCUCACCCUCUGCCGGGGACCACAGCGGACUUUUGGAGGCUGGUCUUCGACUACGGCUGCACGGCAGUGGUCAUGCUCAACCAACUCAACCAGUCAAACUCUGCCUGGCCGUGUGUUCAGUACUGGCCAGAGCCCGGGCUACAGCAGUACGGGCCCAUGGAGGUGGAGUUUCUGUCCAUGUCUGCUGACGAAGAUGUCAUCACUCGUCUGUUUCGGGUCAAGAAUGUCACACGGCUCCAAGAGGGCCAGCUAGUGGUGUGUCAGUUCCAGUUCCUGCGCUGGUCGGCGUAUCGAGAUGUUCCCGACUCCAAGAAGGCUUUCCUCAACCUCCUGGCUCAAGUGCACAAAUGGCAGAGGGAGUGUGGAGAAGGUCGCACUGUUGUCCACUGCCUGUGA